AUGUUAAGUGCAGCUGAGGAUAUUCUUGGACAAGGACAUCAAAAUACCACAGAUGUGGAAACGAAAUGUCUUGAUAAAAUAACCUCCCGUCAUUGUACCAUUAUAACAACUGGAGCAGUUUUAUUAGCUGAUAUAUUACCGUGUCUUCUUGUUAAAUUAACGUUUCCAUUUUUCAUGCAAAGGAUACCGUUCGGGAUACGUCAUUUCAUAAUAUGCUUAUUACAAUCACUCAGUUAUUUAAUCGUAGCUUUUUCCUCAGGUGUUGUGAUGUCCUUAACAGGAGUGGUAUUUGCUAGUAUUAGUUCGGGCUUUGGUGAAAUAACUUACCUAUCGCUAACUCCCUACUUCACUAAGAAUACCAUCUCAACAUGGUCGUCAGGUACUGGAGGUGCGGGAAUAAUAGGUUCUUUAACUUAUGCCGCUCUAACAGAACCUCACUUUUUGAAUUUAUCACCGAGAAUAACACUUCUGAUUAUGCUUGUUGUGCCAUUGAUAUUUUCCUUAGCAUACUGGUGUUUACUAGUAUUUCCUGAUUCGAUACACAAAAUAAGUAUUAUGAAGCUUAGCACUUGGGUAGUGCCCAAAACAUGCUUGUCUGAAACCUCUUUCAACGACAUUUGCAACAUAGAAACACAAAAUGCCGAUAAGUCUUUAACAUCAUCCGAACAUGUUAAACAACGGAUUUUAUCCUUCAAAGAAAUGUUGCUUACGACACUUUCAUUGCUGCGAUUCAUGAUACCACUGAUGCUUGUUUAUCUCGGUGAAUACUUCAUAAAUCAGGGUAUUUUACAGUUGAUAAUUUAUCCAUGCGAUAAAGGAUGGUAUCUUACACCAUCAAGUCAGUAUCGCUGGUACCAGGUGCUUUAUCAAGCUGGUGUUUUCAUUUCUCGAUCUUCAGUGAAUAUUAUACAAUUACCUUACUGGGCUUUAGUACUUCUGCCUAUCCUGCAGUUCGCGAAUGUGGUGAUUUUCUUCUUAGAAUCGCUUUACUUUUACAUUCCGCAUAUUUGGGUUCUACUUUUGUUAAUAUUAUUCGAGGGAUUAUUUGGCGGUUCAUCUUAUGUUAACACAUUUACUCAUAUACACAAUUUUGCCAAACCAGAUGUUCGAGAAUUUUCAAUGUCUAUCAGCUCGUUGGGUGACGCGAUUGGAAUUGUUACUGCCGGAUUCGUUUCCAUUCCAUUUUACAAUCAUAUAUGUCAAACGAGUCUGCCGGCACACAUGACAGCUUGA